GAGAGCCAAAAUGGAGCAGCAAGGACUACAACUGGACAAGAAAUUUUUCUCCUGUUCGAUCUGUCUGGAUCUACUGAAGGAUCCGGUGACUAUUCCCUGUGGACACAGCUACUGUAUGAAGUGUGUUAAAACCCACUGGGAUAAACAGGAUCACAAAGGAAUCCACAGCUGCCCUCAGUGCAGGAAAGCUUUUGUACCGAGGCCUCUUCUGGAAAAGAACACCAUGUUAGCAGCUUUAGUGGAGCAGCUGAAGAAGACUGGACACCAAAUCCCUCCUGAAACUGGACCUGAAGAUGUGGCCUGUGAUUUCUGCUCUGGAAAAAAGGUGAAUGCCAUCAAGUCCUGUUUAGUCUGUCUGGCCUCUUUCUGUGAGAAACACCUUCAGCCUCAUUUUGACAUGAGUCCAUUAAAGAAACACAAGCUGGUGGAGCCCUCCAAGAACCUCCAGGAGAACAUCUGCUCUCGUCAUGAUGAGGUGAUGAAGAUGUUCUGUCGUACUGAUCAGAAGUGUAUCUGUAGUCUCUGCCCUGUGGAUGAACAUAAAGGCCACGACACAGUGUCAGCUGCAGCAGAAAGGACUGAGAGGCAGAGAGAGCUGGAGGUGAGACGAGAAAACAUCCAGCAGAGAAUCCAGGACAGAGAGAAAGAUGUGAAGCUGCUUCAACAGGAGCUGGAGGCCAUCAAGCACUCUGCUGAUAAAACAGUGGAGGACAGUGAGAAGAUCUUCACUCAGCUGAUCCGUCUCAUCCAGAAAAGAAGCUCUGAUGUGAAGCAGCAGAUCAGAUCCCAGCAGGAAACUGAAGGGAGUCGAGUCAAAGAGCUUCAGGAGAAGCUGGAGCAGGAGAUCACUGAGCUGAAGAGGAAAGACGCUGAGCUGAAGCAGCUCUCAGACACAGAGGAUCACAACCAGUUUCUCCACAACUACCCCUCACUGUCAGCACUCAGUGAGUCUACACACUCAUCCAGCAUCAAGAUCCGUCCUCUGAGCUACUUUGAGGAUGUGACAGCAGCUGUGUCAGAGCUCAGAGAUCAACUACAGGACAUCCUGAGCGAUAAGUCUAAAACCUUCUCACCAUCAAUAAUUGAGGUGGAUCCAGUAAUAAAAAAAGAGCCAAAGAGCAGAGCUGACUUUUUAGAACAUUCAUGUACCAUCACACUGGAUCCGAACACAGCACACACACAGCUGGUACUGUCAGAGGGCAACAGGAGGGUCACACUUGUCAGUCAACCUCAGUCUUAUUCUAGUCAUCCAGACAGAUUCACUGGUUGUUGUCAGAUCCUGAGUAGAGAGAGUCUGACUGGACGUUGUUACUGGGAGGUGGAGUGGAGAGGGAGAGGUGGGUUUGUAGCUGUUUCAUACAAGAAUAUCAACAGAACAGGGGGUGGAUCUGAAUGUGCAUUUGGACACAAUAACAAAUCUUGGGCGCUGGAUUGUUACCAAAACAGAUACACAUUUUUCCACAAGAAAAUCAAGACCCCCAUCUCAGGUCCUGGUUCCUCCAGAGUAGGAGUGUACCUGGAUCACAGAGCAGGUAUUCUGUCCUUCUACAGCGUCUCUGAAACCAUGACUCUCCUCCACAGAGUCCAGACCACCUUCACUCAGCCGCUACAUGCUGGAGUUUGGAUUUAUUACUCCAAAGACACUGCAGAGUUCUGUAAACUCAGGUAGACUGGUUAUUAGCGGCUGUGUCUUUCCCCUUCAGCUCAAGUUUAUUGCAACACCUGUUUUUUUGCAGCUGUUUCUAUAAACUUGCAUUUGAAAUAAAAAUGUAUCGUACUUCCUCAUAUCUGUCUUAAACACCAAUUAUGUUUUUUGCCCAAAACCUUGAAUAAAUCCUUUAACCUGCUUUGAAGUACCAUGAAAAGAUAAAACACUGAUUAAGUUCUUCUAAUAUCAAAAAGAUUGUGUUUACAACAUAAAUACCUCAAUGCAAGGCUAAAUGAUUUUAAAAUUUAAUAAUAAAGAAUCUUGAAAAAUAAAUGCAGUUUCCUUCAAAUAUUAGGGAACUAACUGGACUAUUCUUUUAAGUGGAAUAAGGACCGCUGUUUUAGGCACCUGUAAACGGACAUGAAUUUACAGUAGAAGCUCUUUGAAAUCCCCUGUUGGCACAGUGUCAAGUGGUGGAAUUCAGGUGAUGCAUGAUGUCAUCCAGGUCCUCGUCAGUGAUUGGGUCAUGGCUUCUCUCUGUGGAACACAGAUUUUUUUUAUACCUAUGUACUGUUUCUUGAUUAUCUCUGCCUAGAAACUUCAGUUGAUAUUAAUAAAACUCUCAACGAAAACACAAGACUGGAGCCGAGACAACGGCUCCAUCCAAAUACCCUUAAUAAUAGCUCCUAGCUCCUGUUCCUAAACUUUUCAUGGGUCAACAGCAAAAACACUAUGGUAAGGAGCUCCUGACUGCCGUGCCAAUUUCAGACAGCCUUUAACUCUGACAUCAUCAUGUGAUGGAAACACACACCUGAGUCAAAUCUGGGCCUACAGCCUUCUGAUAGUGAACUACAAAGUGUGUGCUCUCUUCUCUCCGGACAUUUUCAUUAAUUUCUGUGAGAUGGGCUGUACUGAUAAUUGAUGUUGUGCAAAGAAUUGUGGGAUUCCUUUUUGUCCAAAGCCUUGAAUAAAUCCUUUUAACCUGCUUUGAAAUACUAUGAAAAGAUAAAACACUGAUUAAGUUCUUCCAGUAUCAAAAAGAUUGUGUUUACAACAGAAAUACCUCAA